AUGCUGCUGGAUGCGGGGCCCCAGUUCCCGGCGCUGGGAGUGGGCACCUUCGCUCGGCACCCUCCCCCGUCGGCGGCGGAGAUGCAGGAGCGCGAGCUGAGCCUGCAGAACAGCUUCGUGGACUCGGCGGCGGCAGCGGCGGCGGCUCACCUGGGCGCCUUCAAGCUCAACGCGGCGGCGGCCCACGAACUAUCCCCGGGACAAGGCUCGGCCUUCAGCUCGCAGGCGCCGGCUUACCCGCACGCCGCCCAUGUGGGCUCCUACUCCGGGCCGCCUUUCAACUCUCCGCGGGACUUCUUGUUUCGGAGCCGAGGAUUCGGGGAGGCGGCGGCGGCCGGCGGGGGACAGCACGGGCUCUUCGGGGCGGCGGCGGCGGCGGCGGCGGCCACGGGCAGCCUCCAUCACCCGCAUGCAGAGGCGCAGAGCCACCUGCUCUUCCCGGGCAUCGGGGACCAACACGGCGCGCCGGGCUCGCCCAACGUGCUCAACGGGCAGAUGCGCUUGGGCUUACCCGGGGAAGUCUUCGGCCGAUCGGACCAGUACCGCCAGGUGUCCAGCCCCAGGACUGACCCUUAUUCCGCGGCCCAGCUCCACGGCCAGUACGGCCCGAUGAACAUGAACAUGGGCAUGAACAUGGCGGCACACCAUGCGCACCACCCGCACGCCCACCCCCACGCGCAUCACCACCACCACCAUCACCACCAUCCCGGGGCCUUCUUCCGCUACAUGCGGCAGCAGUGCAUCAAGCAGGAGCUCAUCUGCAAGUGGAUCGACCCGGAGCAGCUCAGCAGCCCCAAAAAGAGUUGCAAUAAAACUUUCAGCACCAUGCAUGAGCUGGUCACCCAUGUCUCCGUCGAGCACGUAGGCGGGCCGGAGCAAAGCAACCACAUCUGCUUCUGGGAGGAGUGUCCCCGCGAAGGGAAGCCCUUCAAGGCCAAAUACAAACUGGUCAACCACAUCCGAGUCCACACGGGCGAAAAGCCUUUCCCUUGCCCGUUCCCGGGAUGCGGCAAAGUUUUCGCCCGAUCCGAGAACCUCAAGAUCCACAAAAGGACACACACAGGCGAGAAGCCCUUCCAGUGUGAAUUCGAAGGUUGUGACAGACGCUUUGCCAACAGCAGCGACAGGAAGAAGCACAUGCAUGUCCACACUUCGGACAAGCCCUAUCUCUGCAAGAUGUGUGACAAAUCUUACACCCAUCCCAGCUCCCUGCGGAAGCACAUGAAGGUCCAUGAAUCCUCCCCGCAAGGCUCCGAGUCCUCGCCUGCUGCCAGCUCGGGCUACGAGUCCUCCACCCCACCGGGCUUGGUGUCCCCCAGCGCAGAGACCCAGAGCACGGCCGCCAGCAACCUGUCUCCUGCGGCGGCGGUGCCGGCGGUGCAUCGGGGCAGCAGCGGCGGGGCAGGAGGCGGCGGCGGCGGCGGGAGCUCGGGCGGGGGCAGCGGCGGGGGCGGGGGCAGCGGCGGGGGCAACGCCAGCCAUAGCAGCCUCACCUCCAACUUCAACGAGUGGUACGUCUGA